AUGACUCCCAAUGAGAAUAGAGGAACCGGCCCCGGCUUCUGGUUGUCGGCAAGAGGAAAUGCGCCGUGGCAGCGUCUCAUUGAUCCGUGGACAAAACGGACUUACAUUCGAAUAAAGUUUGGCGUUAUGUUGUUAAUUUUACGAGUUGUUGUGUGCAUAGAUCUGACACUAUCGUCACUAUCACAACAAGCAUACUGGAGUAUAUAG